GCCUCAACGGCAAGAGCUAGCACCAGCACGCCUCUUAUCGAUAAGCACCGCUCAAAAAUGUUCCCCACCUUCACAUGCCCGCGCCCGCCUCGCUCUGUCCCUGCACAUACGCGCCAUGGCUUUCAGCUUUGCCUUCUCCGGCGACGACAUAGAGGAGGAUCCGAACGAUGCUGCACUCCAGCCACAAGCAACAAGUGCGCCUGCCGCCGACGUUCCGCCACCAAUUGCAGCCAGAGCACAUGACCUGAACGAGCUGCUGUCCAGCCUACCCGACAAACUCGCCUUCUCCACACUCAUCGUCACCUCGCCCAAAGGCUUCACUGCCCGUCUUCCCAGACGGGAGAUCUUCGACGUCCGCGUCCAGUUGAUGGCUGAAGACGAUGGCUCGCAAGAGAAUGUUCUCGCAGGCCUUGAGAAUACGGACCUUCAGACCAACGUCUACGAGGGCGGAUACAAGACCUGGGAAUGCAGUCUCGAUCUCGUCAAGUUCCUGCUCGACCGUGGACCCCGCAAGGACCUAGACGAUCUAGUCAGAGUGAACCAUGUCGUUGAGCUAGGCUGCGGAUCUGCCGUGCCAUCACUGCUGCUCUUCCAGUACGCAUUGAAGAAUCAACUGAGCAUCAUCUUCACAUUAGCCGACUACAAUGCAGACGUCGUUCGCUUAAUAACUCUCCCAAACCUCGUUCUCGCCUGGGCUGCCGCACUACCAGAGGAGGACAGCGCAAAGCUGUUUCCAGACGGCAACCCAUUGCACAACACUGAAGAAGACCACGGCGAUCUCUACCUCACUCCCGAAAUUCUGGCCUUGUUCAAGCAGCAAUUACAGUCCAUCGGCUUAACCCUGAACCUUCUCUCUGGCUCUUGGACGCCGACAACCGCCUUUCUGGACCUCGUCCCUUCAACCCCUCAAUUAGAUACCUUCGUACUCGGUUCUGAAACAAUCUAUUCGCCUGCCUCCCUGAGUGCAUUUGCAGACAUCAUCGUAGCCCUCAUGUCCAGAGUGAAGACGGGCAAGGCCAUCGUGGCUGCAAAGAGGGUAUAUUUCGGUGUCGGUGGCAGUGUCGAUGCCUUUAGGGAAGAAUGCGCCAAUCGUGGGGCCGUCGCAUAUGAGACGGACUUUGAAGGCUUGGAGACGGGUGGUGUAAGGAGGUGCUUGCUUGAGGUGCAAAUGUGUUGAAUUUGCAACGUCAUGUAACCAUGUUGCAUUGCAGGAAAACUCGGGCUAUCUACGCACAUUUCAAACUCGUAAGCGAUCCAACCUGAAGGCAGUGUUUUACAAUCUGUCUGGAGAGAUGU